CUCACCCUAGUGGGAGGACGUCACCGCUGCUCUCCGCACCACUACCUCCCUGCCGCCACAUACGCUAACGUUGAGCGCUCCUGCUGAAUUACGCUAUUUUGUGGUGUUUGUGACUAGAUACGUUUACAUUGAAGAGCAAGUGGUAAAUAACGUGACUGAUAGAUACUAGAGAAAAAUUAAGUUACUGUAAAGCAACAGUCGUAAGCAAGAUAUUAAUAUCGACACAUCAACUGGGCAACAUUGCUUUGUGCGCUGAUGUUGAGCCUCUGUGCUAAGUUUCACUGCUGGGCUGGUGAGUGGUGACGGUGAGCGAUAGUACAGAAUACGCCAGUGGAGUGGGAGGACACGUUCGCUGGUGUGGUGGUCGACUACUAGAAGGAGCCAUGGACUUAGGCGCAGUGCUGAACACGCUACAAUUGAGCGCCAAUGCGUCCUCCGCUACAUAUCAACAACAACAGAUCCAUAUGUAUAAGCUGCUGGCAAGACUAGCCUACGCCACAGGCAACAGAGAUGAUGAUUGGGACAGUGACGGUGAAAAAUCGGCGAGUGACUUAAUGACGUCUUCACACUCCGACCAAUCCGCAGGAGGGGAAGGCGUGACGUCAUCGCCCUUCUCUAUCCAAUCAGAAAACGGUGUAGGGGGUGAGGCGCCUGGGGACGGCCGUGAGUCUUCAAGAGCCGCCAGUCCAGUCGAUAAAGAUCUAAAGGAAGCCAUCGAUACUACAGUCAGGAGCUUGUCUGACAGACUGAGUGUGUCUGGUGGGGAUAACGAGGAAGGGCGCAACUCUCCUGCACCCGGCGUCUCCGUCAACAGGUCCACGCCCUCAUCUCCGUCUAACUACGCUCAAGGUGCCAGCCACUACGCCAAGACACAACCGGUAAAGUGUGAGCGUGGGUCGUCUUCACCCAGCCCACAGCCCGGCCCCGCUGUUAAUGCCAUCAUGAAGGAAGAGGCCAGUACGCCCUCCCCGCCCACCCACGCCCCCUCUACGCCCCGGAGCCAUGCCUCUCCUUCUCUCACGUCAGAAGUGGAGGCAGCCCGCCAGCAACUCACCUCCAUGAUCCAAGGCCUUCCACUCCUCUCCAUGCUGCCAGCUCUCCACCGCCUUGCUCCUGAACUUACACAAAACCUGUGUAAUAUUUCAGCUGUUGUGAGCCUGGCCUCAGGGCUAAGUAGCAUCAGUACAAGCAUUACAAACAGUGAGAGCAGUUGUGGCACCACGUGUGUGUGUGGCAUCAGGUUCAGCAGUGCCACCAACUUAGAGGCGCACCGCAUGUUUUAUUGCACACACCGACCAAAUCAAACUGAAAAUGAUGGUGUUAAUAAGGAGUUGAGAACUUCUCCGUCUAUUGUGAGUCCUCGAAGUGAAGGUGGAAGUGGAGGGGCUGAAGAAGAUGAUGCGGGUAGAGUGCUACGAUGUCCCCAUUGCCCUUACACCACUACACACAAGUUAAGUCUCAAUGGACAUAUGAACAUCCAUACUAGCCCAGAAGACCUUGCAAAAGCCAGCAACAGUCCACAGGCAGCACCUAACCCUCAGGUCACUUUGGGUGAGACCCGAGCCACAGAUAGGUACUGCUCAGACUGUGACAUUCAGUUUUCAUCAGUCAAGACAUUCCGUGUUCACAAAGCACACUACUGUCAGACUCGACACGUCCUAAAAGGUGGAAAUAAGAGCCCUGCACGUGAAGAACCAGGAACAGGCACUGGUGCGAACACACUAGCUGGCUUGGUCAGUGCUGCAGCUGGAAGUGGUCAGCCAAUCUUAGCUCUUCCUACAAAUCCCAUCUUAUUAGUUCCCUACUCAUUAGUAGCAGGAGCACAGCUGCUCCCACCUCAUGUACUACCUCAGGCUGGAGCAGCUGUUGUCCUUCCUAAUGGUCAAGUACAACCAUUAUCUCCAGGACACCUACCUGGUCCAGCACCACCCCCGUUACUCUCACCUUCUGCUGCUGCUACUCGGGGUACAUCUCCUGCGGCUCAUAACCUCCCACCUCAGACAUCCCCACAGUCAAAUCCCAUCUCGCCUCCCAAGCACUCGCCCAAAGAUGAAUCAAGAUUAAAAUCUAUUAGUGGAGAAACAUCAGGAAAGAGACGUGGGGAGGGAGAGUGUCCUCUAGACCUAACUACUAAAAGGCCAAAGCUAACUGUUAAAACAGAUCUCCUGAGUGAUGAAGAGAAAGAGAAUCGAGAAGUCAAUGCUCCAAAUCCAGCAAAAUCACCAGUCCCUAAGUCACGUCCUGGAUCAUCUCAUGGAACUGGGGAGUUUGAGGGAAAGUUGUUGGCAUCACCACCUCGACCCUCACCAUCUAGUGAAGUGGAGGGCCACUCCACUCCACGUUCUCCCCGCCCAGCUUCUGCAGCCCCUACUGUAGGUUCUCCACGAGGUUUGGCAGAUUCUCCGAGACCUUCCACCUCUGCCCGCUCUCCUGGGCAACCGACUCAGGUUCCACCAGGGCUUCCCCAAGUACCUCCUGGUUUUCCAAGCCUUUUAGCAAGUUUAGAGAGUUUAGGUGGUUUAUCUCUUGCCAGUCUUCAGGGUUUACAGGGUGUCCCUCCAGAAUUAGCUCUAAAACUACUCAAUUCUGAUUUGCUCAUGAAUGGUUUGGCACCCAUCCCAAAUCCCCCAGUUAUUGUUAAACAAGGUGAAGCUAAGUGCAAUGAAUGUAACAUUGUGUUUUAUAAAGAAGAAAACUUGCAAGUACACAAGAAACAUUACUGUGCCGCACGUACCGUAGGUAGAGGUGAAGAUGAUCGUCGUACAAGUGGCAGUAGAAGUCCUGCUGCUGCUGCAGCUGCAGGUGAAAGUGGAGCUGGCCCUUCCAGACGCUCCCCUACAACCCUACCUGAAGUUGCUGCAGCACCUGCUACCAAGGCUUCUGUUUCUGCUUCAAAAGAUACAGCCAAACCAAAUAAACCUUUAUUACAAUUCAUCUGUACAGCUUGUGGCAUUAAGUUCACUUCACCUGACAAUUUGAAAGCACACCAAACAUACUAUUGUCCUAAACGUGAGGGUGCAUCAGGAGACGAAGGUAUAACUAAAGGGUUGUGGCGCUGUCCCCGGUGCCGCUGUGCCAUGCCCGAGACCUUGCAGGCAGCUCAUCAGUGUGUAACGCCAUCCCCUGCUCCCUCACAUGGUUGGAAGUGUCCUUGUUGUCCCAUUAUUUCCCCCACUGCGGCAGCUGCUCAGAAACAUCUGGAAACUCAUGCUGGAAUUAAAGGAUUUCGUUGUACAAUUUGUGGUUACCGUGGGAACACACUACGGGGUAUGCGCACACAUAUCAGAAUGCAUUUUGAAAAAAGGACCAAUGAUCUACAAGAAGAAAAUUUUAUAUCAUGUAUUCUCGACGAAGACGAUGGAAGUCGUAGAGCAGCAGAGGCUCGAGGUGUAGCCGAUCUGCCACGAGUGAUCCUGGAGAACCCAACACUCUCUGCUCUUUUAGCAGAGGGAGCUGCAGAUUGCUCUGAUCAGCCACUGUCCUGUCACUUUUGUCCUUUUGUGACACCUUUCCGUAACAAUUUGGCAAGACAUCUGGCUUUGGUGCAUAAGGUGGGGUUUGAUGCUAAGCUCACACAAGAUCUACAAGCAUUGCUGGAGGGCCAUGUCAUGGGAGCCACAGAAGCUUCAGCUACUGGAGAAUCAGAGAGACAUGACCCUGUAGAGAAUGGGAACCCAGUUAGCUCACCUCCACUACCAGCUGUUAAGCUGGAGCCAGAAGUCAAACUUGAAGUAGAUGAAGAUGAUAAAGGUCGCAUAGUCCCAUCCACACCUCAUUCCCCUAAGGAUGAGGAAUCUACACCAGAGGUUCCAACCAGUGGGUCAGCCAGUAGUAAUGGUGCAGAUGUUCCACGAUACUGCAAAGCUUGUAACAUUACUUUCUCCUAUAUUGAAUCUUUCUUGGCACACAAAAGAUUCUAUUGCUCGAAGCCCGAGUCCAACACACCCCCAGAGACGGCAGUGCAGUGACCCGUACAACACACUUGCAUUGGCUCCAGGUGUAAGAUGUCCACGGGUCACAGUGGAUGCAACAUAUUGCUUCCUAAUGCAUUAUCUUAUUUGAGACAGGCCAAGCUUUAGUUGUACAUAGUGUUGGGCCAGGUGGUGACAUUUUGCCAUAUCAUAUGUACAUACUGAUGAUCGCCUGGUCACAGCAUUCUACUAACCUGUGCUAGUUGGUAGUACUGUACUCAGAUGUGAAAUAUACCACAAAUAUAGAGAUUUUGAAUAACUAUUUAUAUAUAUGUUUUAUAGUCAAUGGCUGUUUACUGAGCAACUAGACUCUUGAUGAUUUCUUCAACCUGCAUGAAUAAGUCUGGAGAAAGUGUUAUAGCUGAAGACUUUUUAUGCAGUAAAGAUUUUCCUGUCUUAUGACAGUUGGUAUUUCUCAGCUGCAAUUAUUGUAUGUUUUCAUAUAUACUGUACAGUACAGUAUAUGAAUAUCAUACCAACUUUCAUGUUAAUUACGGAAGAGUGAACUAAGUGCUUAAAGUGAAAUACAGUUAGUGUAUUUAAGUGAGGGUAAGAUACUUACAUGGUGAACCAUAACUACUCUACCAUAUAGUGUAAGAAACCUGUGAGUAACCGAUGGUAAGAAUAAUGGUAAAGAGGCUGUCUAGUCGUGUUCUUAUUGCCAUCAAUGGGGUGUUCAACCCAAUUUCUUUCAACCGCUCAUUUAAUAUGAAAUGGAAAAAAGUGGAUGUACUUACAAACUAACUAGAAAUUUUGCAUUUACAUUAGUACUCUCAAAUAUGUGAACAUAAAUACUGUACGUUAUUCAGUUGAUGGGUCCUUUACAUGAGUACCUACUUUCCUAAAUGUUAAUACUGUUGCUUAAUAUAUUCUUAAAUUUCUCUUGUCUCCAUUGUUUGCUUAGUUGUGUAUCAUGUUGACUUAUUGUCGUUCUAAGUCAAUCUUAGGGAAGAAUCACCUUUGCGCUGGACCAAACCACAUGAGUCACUCUACUACUCAUGUGACCGUGUGAUAGCUCCAUGUGGCAUG